GCGCCUCCUCCGGGCGGGAUAAUUGAACGCGGCGCGCAGGAGCCUCGCGUUGGCUGCCCAGGCCUGGCUCGAGCGUGUAGCCGCUGCCCGCCGUGCCUUUGUCCGCCGCCGGAGCCCGCCAGCCCCAUGGAGCGCCCCGUGCCGUCGCGCCUCGUCCCGCUGCCGCUGCUGCUGCUCAGCAGCCUCUCGCUGCUGGCAGCCCGAGCGAAUGCAGACAUCUCCAUGGAGGCUUGCUGCACGGAUGGAAAUCAGAUGGCUAACCAGCACAGGGACUGCUCGCUGCCGUACACCUCAGAAUCCAAGGAGUGCAGGAUGGUCCAGGAGCAAUGUUGUCACAACCAACUGGAAGAGCUGCACUGUGCCACGGGCAUCAACCUGGCCAGCGAGCCAGAAGGCUGCGCCUCGCUCCACAGCUACAACAGUAGCCUUGAGACCAUCUUCAUAAAGAGGUGCUGCCACUGUUGCAUGCUGGGAAAGGCAUCCCUGGCCCGAGACCAGACCUGUGAACCCAUUGUCAUGAUAAGCUACCAGUGUGGGCUGGUGUUCCGUGCCUGCUGUGUGAAGGCCCGGGAGAAUUCAGACUUUGUCCAAGGCAACGGUGCAGACCUUCAGGACCCAGCUAAGAUUCCUGACGAGGAGGACCAAGAAGACCCGUACCUGAAUGACCGCUGUCGAGGUGGCGGGCCCUGUAAGCAGCAGUGCCGUGACACUGGGGACGAGGUGAUCUGCUCUUGCUUUGUGGGCUACCAGCUGCAGUCGGAUGGUGUCUCCUGCGAAGAUAUCAAUGAAUGCAUCACAGGCAGCCAUAACUGCCGGCUGGGAGAAUCCUGCAUCAAUACAGUGGGCUCUUUCCGCUGCCAGCGGGACAGCAGCUGUGGGACUGGCUAUGAGCUCACAGAGGAUAAUAACUGCAAAGAUAUUGACGAAUGUGAGACUGGUAUUCAUAACUGCCCCCCCGAUUUUAUCUGUCAGAAUACUCUGGGAUCCUUCCGUUGCAGACCGAAGCUGCAGUGCAAGAGCGGCUUCAUACAGGAUGCUCUAGGCAACUGCAUUGAUAUCAAUGAGUGUUUAAGUAUCAGUGCUCCAUGCCCUGUGGGGCAGACAUGCAUCAAUACAGAGGGCUCCUACACAUGCCAGAAGAAUGUGCCCAACUGUGGCCGUGGUUAUCAUCUCAAUGAAGAGGGGACCCGCUGUGUUGAUGUGGAUGAGUGCUCCCCACCAGCGGAGCCCUGUGGGAAGGGACACCACUGCCUGAACUCCCCCGGCAGCUUCCGCUGCGAGUGCAAGGCUGGCUUCUAUUUUGAUGGCAUCAGCAGGACCUGCGUGGAUAUCAACGAGUGCCAGCGCUAUCCCGGGCGCCUGUGUGGCCACAAGUGUGAGAACACGCCAGGCUCCUUCCACUGCAGCUGCUCCGCCGGCUUCCGGCUGUCUGUGGACGGCCGGUCUUGUGAAGAUGUGAACGAGUGUCUCAACAGCCCUUGCAGCCAGGAGUGUGCUAAUGUCUAUGGCUCCUACCAGUGCUAUUGCCGACGAGGUUACCAGCUCAGUGACGUGGAUGGGGUCACCUGCGAAGAUAUUGAUGAGUGUGCCCUGCCCACUGGAGGUCACAUCUGCUCCUACCGCUGCAUCAACAUCCCCGGAAGCUUCCAGUGCAGCUGCCCCUCAUCUGGCUACAGGCUAGCUCCCAAUGGCCGCAACUGCCAAGACAUUGAUGAGUGUGUGACCGGCAUCCAUAACUGUUCCAUCAAUGAGACUUGCUUCAACAUCCAGGGCAGCUUCCGCUGUCUGUCCUUUGAAUGCCCCGAGAACUAUCGCCGCUCCGCAGACACCUUCCGCCAAGAGAAAACAGACACCGUCCGCUGCAUCAAGUCUUGCCGUCCCAACGAUGAGGCCUGCGUGCGGGACCCUGUACAUACCGUCUCCCACACCGUCAUCUCGCUGCCCACCUUUCGAGAGUUCACCCGUCCUGAGGAGAUCAUCUUUCUGAGGGCUGUCACACCGCUGUACCCCGCCAACCAGGCCGACAUCAUCUUCGACAUCACAGAAGGGAACCUUCGAGACUCCUUUGAUAUCAUCAAGCGCUAUGAGGACGGCAUGACUGUGGGUGUCGUGCGCCAAGUGCGGCCCAUCGUGGGCCCGUUUUACGCUGUCCUGAAGCUGGAGAUGAACUACGUGUUGGGAGGCGUAGUUUCCCACCGGAACGUCGUCAAUGUACACAUCUUCGUCUCCGAGUACUGGUUCUGAGGGCAGGUUGUGGCUCAGCCAGGAGUGUACCCCGCCCCCUGGCUACGCCCUUGCUGCCAGUGACAGCCAGGUGCCUGUCUCUACCCCUCGGGCCUCCCUUGAUGUUUCAUAUUGGUUUGUAUGGCCACGUGCAUUAGGCUGAGCCGCAUCACUUAAGUCCAGCUGGUGUACUGUGGCGUUUAAACAUGGCUCAGCUGGGUGGUUGAAUCCUUGCUUUUUUUUUUAAAUGCAAAGGCCAAAUCGGAAUUUUGUUCCCUUUCUCUACCUGUGAGCUAGGCAUUGCUAAGGACCAAUUGAAGGAGUUUUCAAAGCAGCACUCCACCCAAAAGCCGAGGUAGUUCUCACUGAGUCUGCAUGAGGAUUGGCAUUUUGGUACUUUUUUUUUUUUUUUUUUAACCAACGGGGCUCUUUGUGUUUCAAGUUGAUGGCUGCUGUAGAGUGGCACAUAAAUAAAUGUACAAUAAAUUCUCCCCAGAAGCAGCUGACAAGCAUGCCUCGGGGGCACUUGGAAAGUGGAUUGCAAUUUUGUUCAAAGGAGGGCCCCUUGGUAAAGAUGUGAGCUGCAAGGUUUGUGUGUGGCCUGGUAUGGCUGUGGGGAAGGCUGGGAUGUCCCAGUGUGUCUGGGGUGGCUGGUGUCUCCCAGUGUGUCCAUGGGGGUGGCUGGUGCAUCCCUAUCUGUUUGUGAGGGUGGCCAGUAUGUCCCAGUGUGUCUAUGGGGGUGGCUGGUGUGUCCCCAUGUGUCUGUAGAGAUGGCUGGUGUGUCCCUGUGUGUCUGUAGAAGUGUCUGGUGUGUUUCAGUGUGUCCAUAGAGGUGGCUGGCUUUCUUUGUACCCUGAAGCUGCCUUUCCUCACAAGAGUAAACAGGCUUUUGUGAUCUUCCUGACAACCUACUAUACACUCUCCGGAUGGGGCUUCUGCUAGCUCAGAGGUCUUCCAUGAGCUGGAGGACUGCAAAUCUCUCCUAAAGCCAAUUUCAAAGUCUCCCCUGCCCCCAUAGCUCCAGCUAAGGGGUUGCAAAAGCUUCCCAGUCUGGAAUCGUUGUUGUCAUAUUGUCUUGUUGCUAUGACAAAAUACUAAAAGCUGGGCUAUUUAUAAAGAAUAAAUGUUUACUUAGC